AUGCGUCUUCUCAGUCAUGCCUGGGCCAGCCCAACGGACCCGCCCCUACCUCUCAAUGCCUUACUCUGGGCAACAGUGUGUAUUGCCUUCUUUGGCUUCCUGAGGCUAGGGGAGGUGAUGGUAGCAGGCCCGGAAGCCACUCCACCAAUUCUAAUAUCAGGCAUUGCCAUCGACUCGCAUUCAGACCCGGGCAUUAUCAGGUUAUCUCUAGGUCGCAUGAAGACUGAGCCCUUUGGGACAGGAACCACAGUCUUUCUUGGAAAGACAGGGGUGGCAGGCCUCUGCCCAGUAAGGGCCAUCCUGAACUACCUCAGGGUUUGCCCCUCCUUAAAUCAGGGCCCGCUGCUAAUCUUCCCGGACUGGUCGCCACUAACCAGGGAUGUUUUUGUGAAGCACCUCAAGGACACUUUAGCAGCCAGGGGAAUUGACCAAAGGUGGUACUCGGGGCACAGCUUUAGAAUAGGCGCAGCUACCUCGACUGCUCAAGCUGGAGUCCCAGACCACCUAAUCAAGGCGCUAGGGAGAUGGAAGUCUGAGGCAUACCAGAUUUACAUCAGGACGCCCCUGUCAUCCCUCACUGCUGUCUCGGCCUCCCUGGCAAGGUCAGCCUCCAGCCCCAGCGGCCCCAGUUCUCACAGCUCUCAAUAG